CAUCCGAGCACCAGCACAUCUACACCAUGAAGUUCGGCAUCAUGUCUAUCGGUGAUGUAUCGUCUCUUCUCUGGAGACAGGUACCGCUGUCCGUCUCUAGCCGGGUUGCGUACCUGCAUUGCACGCCAACAUGACGCAGCAGCCGCCUUUGGCUUCCUCGUCAACAUCGGGCUUCUUCCAAACCCUUCCGGUACUUCCGCCACAAUAUACAAAUCCAAUUUCACUGUCAGAGGCCGUCCGAAGUCGUUAUUCAGUCUCCGGAGAAGCCUCUGAUGACAACGUCGUCGCGCGGAUAUUAGAUCUUUACCUGCCACAGGAUGCAACGGCGGCUACCAAUCGUGUCCACCACUUGGCACGUCUAUCACUGAAUCCAUCUAUUCUGAAGUACGCUACAGACGCGGAGACCAAUCAUCCCGUACUGCGACCGCUAUCUACUUUCGGCGCGGAAAACAAGAACGAUCCCUUGUGGACGACGACGGGAUGGCAGAAGCUAAAGGAAAUCGGCUAUCGUGAGGGUGUCGUCUCGGUGGCUUACGACAAGUCUCAUCGCCGCUUCAAUAGACGUGUGGGACAGUUUGUUGGAGGUCAUGUAUGGGGCCCGACCGGCACCAUGACCGCAUGCCCUCAAAGCAUGACCGAUGGAGCCGCGACAUUGUUAGACAAACACAAGAACGACGAAGAUGGCGAUCAGCCGGGUCGAGGCGAAGUGCUACGAGAAGCUUAUCGGCGAGUGUGUAGUCGCGACCCACAUAUGGCUUGGACGAGCGGACAAUGGAUGACCGAGCGAUCUGGCGGUAGCGAUGUAUCUGGCACGGAGACACUUGCUCAACGGAUGACACCGCAGGAGCUGAGCGAGGAAGCCGGACAAGGAAGAGAUUGCGACGCAGUUGGUAUGCAACUGGGCCCUUGGAAGAUACAUGGUUUUAAGUGGUUCAGUAGCGCAACGGACUCAGAAAUGGCCGUACUCCUCGCACGAACGGACAAAGGCGGCCUUUCAGCUUUCUACAUGCCCAUGCGACGACGCGUGGGCGGGGAAUCGCUGGAAAGUGAUGCUCUGAACGAAGAAGUGCCACCUCCAACUGAACUCAACGGCGUUCGCAUCCAGCGUCUGAAGAACAAACUCGGGACAAAGUCACUACCAACUGCGGAGCUCGAGCUCAACGGCGCACGCGGCUGGCUUAUUGGCACAGAAGGACAAGGCGUGAAGGAGAUUUCCGCUAUCCUCAACAUCACACGGUUGUACACCGCAGCGGGUAGUGUAGGGAGUUGGGCGCGUGGUCUGGCAAUUUCCCGCGCCUACAGCAAAGUACGCAAAGUGCGUGGCGGACUACUCCAGGACAACCCGGCGCAUCUCGCAUGGAUGGCUGAGGAAACAGUCAAGUACAGGGCUAGUGCGCACUUCUCCUAUCUGGGUGUUGCACUGCAGGGCGCUUUGGAACAGGAUUGGGACGAGAUGGUCGCGAACACAAAAGCUGCACAGUUGAUUCCGCAAGACAGAUCCACAGUAGUGGCUUUACUGAGAUUGUUGCUGCCCGUGAUGAAAGCUCAGGUCAGCGUCGCAUCUGUUGAUGGCCUGCGACAGUGCAUGGAGUGCCUCGGUGGCGUCGGAUACUGCGAGAACAACGAAGACGGCGGUCUGAUGAAUAUCGCGAAGAUCUAUCGUGACAACCUCGUGAAUCCGAUAUGGGAAGGCACCGUUAGCGUCAUGGCAGAGGACGUCAUCCGGGUGCUUACCGAUAAGCGGUUGGGCGGCGGUGACAUCCUGAAGAACAUCUUCACACCGUGGAUCAAACAAGUGCUCAGCCAAUGUGUUCCCACCUUCCAAAGUGAAGUCGUUAUUGUCGAGGAAAGACUUCUAGCGCUCGAAGACGUUGUUCACAAUACAUCAAAAGAAGAGCUAUUAUACCGUGGGCGAGAAAUCUUACAACAUCUCGAGGUCAUCGCUAGUAGCGCCGUGCUCAUGUACGAUGCGCAGGCAAAUCCAGAUGCUGUUGCGCAAGAGAUCGCAGUACGAUGGGUUCGCCUGAAAGCGUUAUCACCUCAGAAGCAAACACGGCCUCGAGAUUGGAAAGACUUGUCGUCCAUGGACAAACGUGUAUUCCUUGGUACAGUGGAUGUACAUGUCGAAGUACCAGCCAAGCUAUAAGGCGAGCAUAAUCGCGAGUUCUACUUCUGCAGCCUUUUUGCCACCAAUGGUAC